AUGGUCAAAUUGGGAAAUAGAGGCAACCUUUCUGACGAUCGUUACCGAGUGUUCAAUGAGUACUCCAGUUGCUCAAGCCUGAUUACGGACGGAUUGGUGGCGAUUAAAGACGAUGAUGGACCGCACAAAUUAAACGAAGAGGAAAUCCCACCGACAGCAGCGUCCGAAGUACUAACCACCCAGAGAAGCAGCAAGAACGCUCAGAACACCGACGAGGCUAUCGAAUGUCACCUACUUCUCCGACUUCUCGAUCCAUAG